CUGAAAGGUAACAUCACUGUUGUGUUUGUAAAUGCAGGUGAGUGUCAGUGCAGUCCUGUCUGUGAACAUGGUGACAGCCGCCGUGUUGCUGAGUGUCUUCUUUGCUUCGGGGGUUUUGGCUGCUUGUCCAGAGGAUUCAGACCUCUUCAUUGCUGCACCGCAGGAGAUGGAAGCCCUGAGUGGAUCUUGCGUGCAGAUCCCAUGUACCUUUAGAGCCAAAUCAGAAGAGCAAUUCAACAGCACGAGACCAACCUACGGGGUGUGGUUUAACAGUGACCCCAGAUUUUAUAAAGGAAAUGUGAUUUUCAACAGUAGUCAGGCAGUCAACACAUACCCAGUAAAUCUAACUGGGAGCCUCAGUCAGAAAAACUGCACCACUCUGUUUUCCAAUUUAAUCAUCGAUCACACCAACACAUAUUUCUUCAGAAUUGAGAGCCAGCCGUACCAAGCAACAGGAUUUUGUGAUCCUGUUCAAAUAGUAGUUAAAGAUUCUCCUGCGAGCCCCAGAAUUGAGAUCUCAGGUGAUUUAAAGGAGCAGCAGUCUGUCACUAUAACCUGCUCGGCUUUCACUCCCUGUCCUCACUCCCCUCCUAAACUCACCUGGAAUCUGCAACAAGACUCUCUCAAUGAAAUAGAACAAAACACAGAUGGGACCUUUACAACUAAAAUCAAGGAAAGCGUCUCUCUGUCAGACCAACAUGAUGGAUUCAACAUCACCUGUUCUGCUGCAUAUCCUGUGAAUGAAGGCAAAGAUGUGAAGACAGCGGAGGAGAGGAAGACUCUCAGUGUUUCAUACGCUCCCAGGAACACGUCAGUGGUCGCUCCCUCUGAGCAAUUGUCGGUCGGCAGCGUGGUGAACCUGACCUGCUCCUGCAGAGGAAACCCUCCUGUUGUCCACUUCGUCUGGUUCAUGAUCAGCGAUGGCAGACUGGAGCUGAUCAGAGUUGAUACGCAGGUUUAUGGCUUUAAAGUGACCCCCAGCGAUCGAGGCAGAUUGUUCUAUUGCGGAUGCAGAAAUGAUCUGGACAUUCAGCUAUCAACAGGACACCAGUUGGUAUUUGAAGGCGAUCAACCGUUUGACCUGGCUGGCAUCCAAGUCAUAGUGAGGGUCCUGGGAAUCAUCAUGCUCGUCAGUUCGCUGGUCAUCUUUGAGUGUUGGUUUAGAUCAAGACACUCCACCAAACCAGUGAAGAAAGCAGCAGAAGCAGACUAUGUCAACACUGAGAUGUCAUUGUGAAGUACAAAGAGAGGAUGAAGAUGUCACGUUCACUCUCACUGGAAUGACCGACUGUUUCGUCUCUUCUUUAAUCAUUUCUCAGUCUUUGUUCCUACUUCAAUAAAGUCCAGGCCACUAAAUACCAAAUGGUACUCCUUUUUUUAAACAUGACCCCAGAAUAUUAAUAAAGAGAAUUAGAAUAAUAUUUUUC